AUAUAAUAAACAAACAACUCAUUAGAUUCUGAGGUAAGUUAUAACCUUCUUCCCCUUCGUCCAUAAAUCAUAACAAAUUGAACUCAGAAAAAUUCAAGUUUUAUACGUUUUAAGUUGAUUUUUUGGGCUAAAUUUUACCUGAAACAAAGACAAAAAUGGGGUUGACAGUGUCACGGAUAAUGAGAUUAUUUUAUGCAAAGAAAGAAAUGAGGAUUCUGAUGGUAGGUCUUGAUGCUGCUGGAAAAACAACAAUACUCUACAAACUGAAGCUUGGAGAAAUUGUCACUACCAUACCAACCAUAGGCUUCAAUGUAGAGACUGUUGAGUACAAAAAUGUGAGCUUCACUGUCUGGGAUGUUGGAGGACAAGACAAGAUUCGACCAUUGUGGAGACACUAUUUUCAGAACACACAAGGUCUUAUCUUUGUGGUAGAUAGUAAUGAUAGAGAAAGAAUUUUAGAAGCCAGAGAUGAACUUCAUAGAAUGCUAAGUGAGGAUGAACUUCGUGAUGCCACUUUACUUGUAUUUGCCAAUAAGCAAGAUCUUCCAAAUGCUUUGAGUGUUUCAGAAAUUACUGAUAAACUUGGUUUACAUUCACUUCGCCAGCGUCGUUGGUACAUCCAGUCAACUUGUGCUACAUCUGGACAAGGACUCUAUGAAGGCCUUGAUUGGUUAUCAAGUAACAUAUCUAACAAGAUAAGAUGAAUCAAGAUCUGAUUUACUUUGAUCUUUAUCAUAUGGAUAUUGAGACUUUGCUCCACAUUCUAUAAUAUGUACUCUAUGACAUAUUGUUUGCUUAUAUACUGGCAUGAACUUGAGUACCUUUUGUUAAUUUGAACUAUGAACCAACUAUAAUAUCAAUCACUGUGUACACUCUUUUAUUAGAA